GCUCCAAAUUCGCUCCUCGCCGAAAACCCUCGCGACGCCGAACAUUCUGGAACCUUCCGGAGCUAGGGUUUAGGGUUUUCCGGGAGGAUGGAGCCCGAGGAGGCGGAGGCCGUGCUGGAGACCAUCUGGGACCUCCACGACAAGGUCAGCGACGCCAUCCACGCCCUCUCCCGCGCGAGCUUCCUGCGCACGGUCCGCCGCCGCGCCGGGGACAAGCCCGCGGCGGGCCCUGUGCGGGUCAAGGGCGGCGACGUGGGAAGUGGUGAUGAGGCGGCCGCGCUGGACGCGGUGGCCGAGGAGGCGAGGAGCCUCCACGCCAUCCGCGCCGCGCUCGAGGACCUCGAGGACCAGUUCGAGUGCUUCCUUGCUGUCCAGUCACAACAGCAAGCAGAACGAGAUAUUUCAUUAGCAAGGUUGGAGCAAAGUCGCAUUAUGCUUGCAAUAAGAUUAAAUGGGCACCGUGGGGUGAAUCAGAAAAUUAUAGGUGAGGCGUUGGACUUUGUCCGCAAUGUCUGCCAUGGUUUAUGGCCUUCACUAUCAGUGAACAAACCCGAUAAACUAAGGAGCCAUUCUGGUGCUGACAAUAGCUGUGACAGCCAAAAGGGUUCGAAUUUCCUGGUGCAGGUGGUAGCCUCUAGUUUUGCUUUGGCUAAGAAUAGCUUCAAUUUCAAAACCUUUGGUAGCUUAUUAGGCCAGAGUGCAGUGUUAGUUGUUGGCAUGACAACAUUGCUGCAAUCACAUUGGUUAUCUUCAGGGCAGCAGGGUCCAUCAGUUGGUAAAUACAGCUACAAGAUGAUCAACCAAGAGUAUUCACCACGGUUGGAGACAUGUCUGGAUGCUAGAAUAAAUCAUCUGGAUGUGUUCUUAGCGAAAGGCUGAUGGGUUAAUCUCAGCUAGUCAUCAGGUUGUCUGUACAUGUUUCCUAGUAUGUAGUUGGAGAUUCUGAUGUUCUCUUGGUGAUUAUUGAAUUGUCUUCAGUUUAGGAACCCAUCCCAUUCGCUUAGGUUUGUAGCCUGUUGUUUUCUCUUGAUUCUCUUGGCCGUUGUAAGUGACCACUGUAUCGAUGUGCUAUAACUGUAGGCAUAACGUUUCAUUUGUUUCUUGCGUACCAGUACGUGAAAAUGUGGCUAUUAAAGCUGUGU